CCGCUUCUAUGCUAAUUAUCCCCGACAGCAAAGAUGGCGGCCAAGCUGCAUUGAAAUCUUCUCCGUAGUGAUUCACUAACUGACGCCUUAGCUGACUUCUUGUUCUGUGGACAAGUAACCGAGUCCUCGCGGCGUUGCUCUCCUCGAGGGAGAAAUGCUGUGAGGCUACGGGAGGAGGGGAAAACCAUCUUUCUGAGGAGGAGCUGGCCACUAUUCGCCGAGGCUUUCUCGUUGUGUGGCGGUGCGCGCAGCGGAGCGGCUAACUAGCCUGUGCCGUCGCUUUCUUUUUUUUUGUGUGUUCUUCUUUUAAAAUGGCUCCGGUUCAGAUCGGGUCCGAUGGGCAACUUGUCCCCCUCGGGGGCCCGGUUGUCUCGGGUCCGCAGCCACCACCCCCCGGCACCCCAGCUACGCAGGGCGUGAAGCUAAGCCUGCUCAUUGAAUUCCUCCUCCAGCGGACCUACCAUGAAAUCACCCUGCUGGCGGAGCUGCUGCCUAGAAAGACUGAUAUGGAGCGGAAAAUUGAGAUUGUCCAGUUUGCAAGUCGCACCAGGCAGCUCUUUGUACGCCUUCUGGCCCUGGUGAAGUGGGCGAGCAACGCAGGGAAAGUUGAGAAGUGUGCGAUGAUCUCCAGCUUCCUGGAUCAGCAGGCCAUCUUGUUCGUGGACACCGCUGACAGGCUGGCUCUGCUGGCCCGGGACGCCCUCGUCCACGCUCGUCUGCCCAGCUUCGCCAUCCCCUUCGCCAUCGACGUCUUGACGACGGGGUCGUACCCGCGCCUGCCCACGUGCAUACGCGAUAAAAUAAUUCCUCCAGACCCUAUCACUAAAACAGAGAAGCAGACCACUUUGAACCAGCUUAAUCAGAUUCUACGGCACCGCCUUGUCACCACCGACUUACCGCCGCAGCUGGCAAAUCUCACAGUUGCGAACGGGCGUGUUAAGUUUCGAGUGGAGGGAGAGUUUGAGGCCACUCUAACGGUCAUGGGAGACGAUCCUGAUAUUCCCUGGCGGCUGCUGAAGUUGGAAAUUCUAGUGGAGGACAAAGAGACUGGAGACGGCCGAGCGUUGGUCCACAGUCUGCAGGUGAACUUCAUCCACGAGCUUGUCCAGGCGCGUCUCUGUGCCGACGAGAAGCCGCUGCAGGACAUGUACAACUGCCUGCAUUCCUUUUGUUUGUCGCUGCAGCUCGAAGUGCUCCAUUCCCAGACACUGAUGCUGAUUAGAGAGCGCUGGGGGGACUUGGUGCAGGAGGAAAAAUAUGUUCCCGCAAAAUACCUCACGCUCUCUGUCUGGAACCAACAGGUUUUGGGGAGAAAAACAGGCACAGCAUCCGUGCAUAAAGUCACCAUCAAGAUCGAUGAAUCAGAUGGAUCGAAGCCGUUGCAAAUUUCUCACGAGCCCGCCCUCCCCGCAUGUGACUCAAAGUUAAUGGAGCGAGCUAUGAAGAUCGACCAUCUAUCAGUGGAAAAACUGUUGAUCGACAGCGUGCACGCCCGCGCCCAUCAGAAGCUGCAGGAGCUUAAGGCCAUUUUAAAGACCAGCAAUCCCAGUGACAACUCAUUCGUUGAGACGGCUUUGCCCACAUUGGUUAUUCCGAUACUUGAACCUUGUGGUCGCUCAGAGUGCCUGCACAUUUUUGUAGAUCUUCAUUCUGGCAUGUUUCAACCCAUGCUCUAUGGAUUAGAUCAGUCCAUGCUAGAUGACAUUGAAAAGACCAUUAAUGAUGAUAUGAAGCGCAUACUCUCUUGGCUCCAGCAGCUCAAGUUCUGGCUGGGGGAGCAGCGAUGUCGACAGUCCGUGAAACACCUUCCCACCGUUUGCACCGACAUCCUUCACCUCUCCAAUUCAGCCUCUCACCCUGUCGGCAGCUUGUCCAAGCACAAACUCUUCAUCAAGCUCACUCGUCUCCCACAGUACUACAUUGUGGUAGAAAUGCUCGAAGUGCCUAGCAGUCCCACAGCGUUGCAGUACAGAUACUCUUUCCUGUCAGUUUCUCAGUUAGAGGGAGAGGAUGGGCCUAUGUGUGCACAACUUUUGCAGCUUUUCAAACCCAACCUGGAGCACCUUGUCCAGGACCCGACGACGGGGAGAGAGGCGCGACCUGGAGCAAAGAGAAAGAUUGCUGGAGAUCAAGGGGACCCCGAGCCUAAGAAACCCAAGAGGUCUGGAGAAAUGUGUGCGUUCAACAAAGAGCUGGCUCAUCUCGUAGCCAUGUGCGACACCAACAUGCCUUUUAUCGGUCUCAGAGCCGAGCUUUCCAACAUGGCGAUUCCAAACGAAGGCGUCCAGGUGGAAGGAGACGGCAGCAGUCACGCGAUACGACUGCUAAAGAUCCCGCGCUGUAGAGACGUCGGAGAGGAAACCAGGAGAGCUUUGGAGCGCUCCCUUUUGGACAGCACCAUCCGCUUGCAGGGGAGGAAUAACCGAACCUGGGUGGCUGAGCUUGUGCUGGCCAACUGUCCGCUCAGCAGCACCAACAGCAAGGAACAAGCUUCCACGCGCCACGUUUAUCUGACCUACGAGAACCCUCUGUCGGAGCCAGUGGGCGGGAGGAAGGUUGUGGACAUGUUCCUGAACGACUGGAAGGCCAUUAGCCAGCUCUACCAAUGCGUCCUCAACUUUUCUCGCACACUGCCAGAAAUGCCCCCUUACCUGAGCCAGUUCUCCGAGGUGCGGUUGUAUAACUACCGUAAGCUGGUGCUGUGCUACGGCACCACCAAGGGCAGCUCUGUCACCAUCCAGUGGAACUCCAACACGCAGCGCUUCCACCUCGCCCUGGGCACCGUGGGGCCCAACUCGGGCUGCUCCAACUGCCAUAACAUCAUCCUCCACCAGCUGCAGGAGAUGUUCAACAAGAACCCAAACGUGAUGCAGCUGCUGCAGGUGCUUUACGACACACAAGCUCCUCUCAAUGCAAUCAACAAGCUACCAACAGUGCCCAUGCUGGGGCUCACCCAGCGCACCAACACCGCCUACCAGUGUUUCUCCAUCCUGCCUCAGUCGGCCACGCACAUCCGCCUGGCGUUCCGCAACAUGUACUGCAUCGACAUCUACUGCCGCAGCCGAGGGGUGGUGGCCAUCCGCGACGGAGCCUACAGCCUCUUUGACAACUCUAAGAUCGUGGAGGGAUUUCAACCCGCUCCAGGACUGAAGACUUUCCUCAACAUGUUCGUCGACAGCAACCAAGACGCUCGCAGACGCUCGGUCAACGAAGACGACAACCCUCCCUCGCCUGUGGGCGUCGACGUGAUGGAGAGCCUGAUAAACCAGCCGCCAGCUCCACAGCAGCUCCAGCCAAUGAGAGGAGGCGCCGGAGGCGUGUACCCUCCGCUCACGUCACCGCCACCAAACUACCACGCCAAUGUUACCCCGUCGCCAUCCAUGAUGCCCACCCAGUCUCCAGGGAACAUCCAUGCCUCUGGCUCCCCUAGUGGAGCUUUGAGGGCACCCUCUCCUUUUGGCCCCACCCCGUCUCCAUCGUCUCUGGGCAUAGCCAUGGGCCAGACCAGCUUUGCCAGUCCCCACGGUCCUCUGGACCCCAGCUCUCCGUACACCAUGGUGUCUCCCAGCCACAGAGGCCAGUGGCCAGGCUCACCGCAGGUUUCAGGACCUUCUCCUGGGGCAAGAAUCCCAGGCAUGUCCCCCGGCAAUCCUUCCCUGCACUCGCCUAUUCCUGACCCCAAUUCUCCACGCGGUGGGAGUAGUUCCCAAGUCAUGCCUACCAGUAUGCCUCCUCCCCGAAAGCUACCUCAGCGCCCCUGGGCCGCCUCCAUCCCCACCAUCCUCUCCCACAACGCCUUACAUGUGCUCCUGCUCCCCUCACCCACUCCCUGCAUGGUGCCCGGCCUGGCAGGGAGCUACCUCUGCUCGCCGCUGGAGCGCUUCUUGGGCUCCGUCACCAUGAGGCGCCACCUACAGAGGAUCAUCCAGCAGGAGACGAACUUGAUGAUCGUGAACUCCAACGAGCCGGGCGUGAUCAUGUUCAAAACGGACGUCCUCAAGUGCCGGGUGGCUCUCAAUCCAAAGAACUAUCAGACCCUGCAAAUCAAAGUUACCCCGGAAAACGCGGGCCCCUGGUCCCAGGAGGAGCUUCAGGUGCUGGAGAGGUUCUUCGAGACCCGGGUUGCUGGUCCUCCCUUUAAAUUCAACACUCUGAGUGCCUUCACCAAGCUGCUCGGGGCUCCCACUAAUGUUCUCAGAGACUGUGUGCGCAUCAUGAAGCUGGAACUGUUCCCCGACCAGGCCGGACAGCUCAAGUGGAACGUCCAGUUCUGCCUCACCAUCCCUCCGAGCGCUCCCCCCAUCGCCCCUCCUGGGACCAUCGCUGUGGUGCUCAAGGCCAAAAUGCUUUUCUUCCUGCAGCUGACUCAGCGUAUCCCGGUGCCCCAGGAGCCCGUGACCAUCAUCGUGCCCAUUGUGUAUGACAUGGCCACGGGUCUCACUCAGCAGGCUGAUAUUCCCAGACAGCACAGCUCCUCUGGGGCCGCAGCGCUUCUGGUCUCUAAUAUCCUGAAGAGGUUCAACGAGCUGCACCCUGCCAGGCAGGGCGAGUGCACCAUCUUCGCGUCUGUUCAAGAGCUGAUGGCCGGCCUCACGCUUCCCCCCAGCACCCGAUAACAGAGCAAACCAACUCUGACCUCGUGCCGAAACCAAAGCGGGGGUCGCCUAAGAUCAAGCAUGGGGCCCGGUCCAGGAAAAGGAAAAGCUGCCGUCUCAGUACAGCAAGAAACUUUUGAACUUCAUUACUGUCAAAAGGCUAAAACAUCAGCAGGUCUUGAGUUUGGCUUUUCUUUGAAGGCGGGUCUUAGCAAGACGUUAAUUCUGAAUGCAAAAAAAAAAAAAAAAGAUUUGUAAAUGUUUUAUUUUUGUCCUCCAGGCACUUGUAAACAAACCUAUCUAUUGAAAAUUAAGAUUGUUUACAAAAAUAUGUAAAUUAUUGUAAAUAUACUUGAGAUAGAUCUUUGCAAGAAUUGUUUUUUUUUUUUUUUCUUUUUUUUUUACAUCUGAUUGAUAUUACUGUAGUAUCAAGGGAUAGGUUCCUUAGCACAUUAUUUAACGAUCUUCCUGCCUUCAUUUUGUCUGUAUCUGCUCUUUUUUUUUUUUUCAUUUUCUAUACUCUAAAGCUGUGAUAAACUUUAUAAGCCAGUUGUAUUUUACUAAGACCCGUUUUGAGUCCUGAUCAAAGGAUUCAGAAACACGCUGUCUGACUUUGCUAUUUAAUAAACAAAGCCCCGAGUUGGUUUAUGUUUUAAGCAUC